AUGGCUUCAGCAGUGAGGCCGCUGUCACGCAUGGUCGCAAGGCCACAGACCUCACAAUCAUUGAUGCGUCCAUCACCCUACCUACGCGCCACCUCCCAGUUCCACACCUCGACAUCCCUCCGCGCAACACCAUACGGUAAACUACCCAAGGGUUUCCGAUUACCACGACCCAAACGAUUCGACGAGGGAGAAAGUGCACUCGACAAAGCCAGCAACUACUUCCUGCUGACUGAAAUGUUCCGCGGCAUGUAUGUCGUGAUGGAGCAAUUCUUCCGACCACCAUACACCAUCUACUAUCCCUUCGAGAAAGGGCCCAUCUCCCCCCGCUUCCGAGGCGAACACGCCCUCCGCCGCUACCCAUCCGGCGAAGAACGCUGUAUCGCCUGCAAGCUGUGUGAGGUGAUCUGUCCUGCCCAAGCUAUCACGAUCGAAGCCGAGGAGAGAGAAGAUGGGUCAAGGAGAACGACCAGAUAUGACCUCGACAUGACCAAGUGUAUUUACUGUGGGUUUUGCCAGGAGAGUUGUCCGGUGGAUGCUAUUGUUGAGGGGCCAAAUGCGGAAUAUGCUAUGGAGACGAGGGAGGAGCUGUUGUACAACAAGGAGAAAUUGCUGUCGAAUGGCGAUAAGUGGGAGCCAGAGUUGGCGGCUAUUGCCAGGGCGGAUGCUCCAUAUAGAUAG